GUUAUUUAUUGCAGAAAAAGAGGAAAGAAAAAAACAAGGAAAACAAGCAGAUUGCCCCCCGCCCCUUUCAUCCCCAAGAUUUUAUUCUUUCUUCUGGAAUAUUUUCUCCGCGGCCGGUAAAACGCAGUUCACGGUUUGGCUUUGCUUUGCUUUGCUCUCGGCUGAGGCUGACCCCCGCAGUCCCUCCGGGACAAGCAGCCGCGGCCGGAGCCCCCGCGGCCGCCAGACCCGAGCCGAGCCCCGAGCCUGGGAGGCGCUGGGAUUUAAACCCGGCCCGGUCUUGCUGUUACCAAGAGUGCGUGUUUUGUUGGUUUGGCUUUUUAUUGGUUUUUGGGGUUUUUUUUCUUUCUCCUUUGUAAGAUACGAAAGGUGAAUAAUGAAAUCCCUUCGCUAAAUAGUUUAUGAGCCAUGAGAUUGGAAAUGUGCGCAGAUGGAUCAGCGCGCCGGGCUGCGCGUCACUCGGGAGCUGCGGGAGCCGGGCGCAGGGAGGAGAGGGACUGCCCGUGCGGGCGCUGCGUGUCCGUGCCCGGGCACUGCCCCAGCGGGGCCACGGGAGGGAGAGCGGCUCAGAGCGAGAGGGCUCGGGAGGCGCUGCCUCACCCCCGUGCGCUGCCUCACACGGGCUCCUGCGCGGCCCCGUGGGCAGCACAAAGGCAGCGUGAGCCCGGCCCGGCGCUGCCGGGGCUCCGCGGCGGCCGCCUCCACCGAGGGGCGUGGGGGCGAGCGGGGAGCGACCUUUAGAACCACUUUGGAGAGUGCUGGGGGCGCGGCUCUGGCAGAGGGGGACGAAAGCUCCUUGCCUCGGCGAUCCUGCGGCAGGUCAUGUACGCGGGAAUGGGGCAGGAGCGGGAAUGGUGCGGUGCCGCUGCCCCCUUGCCCUCCCGAUAAGCGUCCCGAUACUCGCGCCUGUACAGGACGGACAUUUCCCAUCAAGACCUUGCCACGGGAUGUCCGAGAGCAUCGCUACCUCCCUGCCAUAAAAACAAACCACUCGUCAGCUCCGCUCGACAGGUCAGCAGUUCUUCCCGGCCAACCCUGUCAGGCACCUGUCAGGGGAGAAAACCUCUUCAUAGCUGCCGCGGUGGGAUACUUAUCAGCGGCAACCCCUUUACUGACAGGGCCCAGCCUUAAGCUUCCCGCAAAUCAAUGUCCUCGGGGGACGGCGAACGUUCCGGUACGCUCAGACCUCCGACAAAACACGGGAGGGAGGGAGGACGGCGGGGGAAGCCGGCCCCGAGUAGUCCUUCCACCCCGAGGAAGGCCGAGGCUACACACACGAACCUGGAGUAAUACAAACCCUCCUGUGUUGUUGCCCUCGCAAACUGGCCGGUCCUGCAGCAUCUGAUCGGGUUUGUGUGUGCGCGCGAGUGAGAGCGAGCCACGCAGAGAGCGCUGCCAUCCAAAAGGGGAAAGAAGAGCUCAAGCUGAGAGACUUAUUAAUUGCUAAGAGCUGCUCUGCCACCAGCCAUCUUGACUUUACACGGUUUAUUCCUCAUGAAGAGGAGGAAUGAAACGUGGGCAAACGCAGGGGAGAAAAUGUUUCGGCCAAGAGGAAGGAAGGAAGGAAGGAGUGGUGAAGGGAGAGGAGGAGGAGGGUUUGUUAAGCGAUCGCCUUGUCCCCUGAGUCCGAGACGGCUGGGAAUUAGUAACAGCGAGAUAGCGGAGGUUGUAUCCCUCCCUCUUCCUCCGCUUUCCUUUUCCUGGAGCGCUCAGACCCCCUGAUAAUUAUUACCCUGGUAUCAACGCGGACAACGAGCUGUAUUCAUCAAACCUCAUUUGGUGAAAUAGAAAGGGAAUUAAAAAUAAAUAAAUACAGAGAGAAAGAGAGAGGGAUCACGCGGGGAUAAGGGGGUUCGAUCGCUCCACGUACAGCAAUGACUGUCCGUCAGCUCCCAGCCCGCUGUGCAGGCAGGUAGAAAGCGCCCGCAGAGCAGCCCAGUCCCGCGGGCUGAGCGUGCGAUUUUGGGGGGGAAGAGAGAGAGAGCCCCGACCUCUCGCCCCCACCGCCUCUUCCCCAGCGCAGGGGCAGCGAGGGGCACGGGAGGCGACAGGCAGCGCCUUCCUUCCCCUGCGCGAGGUCUCAGCGCUUUCCCGGCAGUGCCAGACCUCGGCGUGACACAGUGCGUGAAUCCAAGCCCCACGCAGCAGGCAGGGCACGGCACGUGGGUCUGGGGAACUGCACAGUUGCUUCCAGAGUGGGCAAAAAAUGCCGUCUCGGAAAGGUAGGUGUCCUGGUUUGCGCAGGAAUUCAGGGUUAGGAGAUUCCGCGUGGAAAGGGGGUGGGUGUAGAGAGAAAGAGAAUUUGUUUCCAGCGUGGAGAGGCGCUUUUCUAACCCGACACUCGAGCUCCAAUCACACACUCUGAGGUUAGCGUAGCAUUAAAUUAACAGACAGGGUCGGGGUUA